AUGGGUUUUGUUGAGUUGCAAAAUGGUCUUUGUAAUAACAUUCAAAGCCACAUUUUGAAAAGGUAUGCAGCAGAUGUUGUAUAUUUAUCAACAAACCCGAUCUCAGUGCUGAUGAUAGAGGUGUACGUUGAGUUUGAACAGCAGUCGGGGAUGAGUAUGGUCGGCGACAAGAUCAAUGUUGAUGAGUUCGGGGAUAUAGAUUGGGAAGAAGAUAAUAAUGACAGUGAAGACGAAUUCGAAGCUAACUAUGAAUUCGAUGAUGAAAACGAUGACGGAGACUUGGCAGGCAAUCCGGCGGUACAAGAUGAAGCAAAUGCGAUUGUAAGCCCGCACCCGUUUAGUGUUCCGUCUUUUAUGCGGACUCUAGAUCUCGAAGCCAUGCAUGCUCCGGAAUUUUCUGAGUAUGCGAAUACAAGUGAAGGCAACGUUGCGGCAGAAGAUGGCGAGUUUAGUGUCGGAAUGGAAUUUGGUUCGAGAGAGUCGGUGAUAUCUGUAAUCAAAAGCUACACCAUCUCUAGAGGAGUUGAUUACACUGUGUAUGAGUCUGAGCCGCAGACAUUCUAUACGAAAUGCAAGGGGUAUGGUGCAGGGUGCGACUGGCUUCUCCGAGCUAGCUUGAUUCGAAAAAAAGCUUGUUGGGAGAUCUGGAGAUACAAUGGCAAGCACACGUGCACCAUGGGCAUGAUUUCACAAGAUCAUGCCAAGUUGGACUCAGACACAAUUGCAGAUGCCAUUAGGCCGUUGGUCGAAGCAGACCCCUCGAUAAAUGUGAAGUCUAUUAUUGCAGAAGUUCAAGGCAGGUUCAACUAUACUGUGAGUUACCGCAAGGCUUGGUUGGCAAAGCAGAAAGCUGUCGCAAAAAAUUUCGGUGAUUGGGAAGUUUCUUACCAGACUCUGCCAGUAUGGUUGAAAGCAAUGACAGUGAAGAUGCCAAGUUCUCGUGUUCAAAUUAAAACGCUCCCCGUUUAUCGUGAGAGUGAGGAGGUUCAAGGUGUAAGAGUUCUGCACUGUAUUUUUUGGAGCUUCUAUCCGUGUAUUGUAGCAUUCAGACACUGCAAGCCACUGGUGCAGGUUGAUGGCACGCACCUGUACGAAAAAUAUAAAGGAGCACUUCUGGUAGCGAUUGCACAAGAUGGAAAUCAAAACAUUGUGCCUAUUACAUUUGUGAUUGUCAAGGGGGAGACAGCAGACGCGUGGGAGUUUUUCCUAACCAAUUUGCGGAGAUAUGUUGUUACCAUUGAUGGUGUGGGUAUUAUUUUUGACCGCCAUACCUCCAUCGACGUUGCAAUAGCUCGCAGUAACGGCUAUUCUAGGACGGAGCAGGAGUACAACAAAAACUACCAAAGGCUUAAAGAGCGGGGUGAGGCAUAUACUCAAUGGUGCGAUGAGAUCGGUGUUGAGAAAUGGGUGUUGGCAUUCGAUGGUGGUCAUCGUUGGGGACAUAUGACGACAAACUUGGUAGAGUGCAUAAAUUCUGUCCUGAAGGGUGCACGCAACCUUCUUGUAACUGCCCUUGUCCGGUCAACUUUUUAUCGACUGAAUGAGUUUUUCACUCGGAAGAGUACCGAGGCUGAUGAGCGUCGCCGCAACGGAUUCACGUAUUCAGAAUUUGCAACGAAGAGAGUUGAGGAAAGAUUCCGACGUGCAGGAAACAUUGUGGUCAACCGGUUCGAUAGGUGCAACGAGAUGUUUGAGGUUCGCAAAAUGCAAGAUGGUACCAUUUACACUGUCGAGCGACUUCCAUGUCGCCACGUGCUUGCAUGUUGCGCCAACCAACGUCUUGAUUGGCAAGUGUACGUGCACGAUGUGUACAAGAUGUCUGAAAUUUACAAGGUGUAUAGAGGUGAGUUCGUUCCGAUGGGUGACCCCUCCACGUGGGAUAGAUACGAAGAAGCGAAGGUGAUCGCCAAUUGGACAUUGAGGCACGCGACGAAAGGAAGACCGAAGUCAACCCGCUACGUGAAUGAGAUGGAUUCGCGUGAUAUGCGUGGUCCUCGUCGGUGCACUACAUGUGGACGCGAGGGACAUAGCCGCAGCCGAUGUCUUCAGCGCGCAGGUCCAAGCUCCGCUGGAGGUCAUUAG